UUCCUCCUCCGAUUCCUCACCACUCCUUGGAAACCUGCAACCACAUUCCCACAUGUCACCUAAGAGGCCAGGAUACUUCGUCCAGUACUCAUCCUUGUAUGUGGGGUCACGCGCAAGCCGUUCUCUAUCCUCAGGAUUCACUCGGUGGCCACGGCCGGUACGAAGGAGAUGUACUCGGUUCCUAACAUUUUUUCUUCGGUUUCUCUGGGAUUCUCUUCAAGGUAGCCCCCAAGAAAGACAGGGUCCGAGUUUGUGAGAGCUUGAGCAGGCGGCAUCUCUCUGGGAGACUCCAAUCUAGGCCUCUUCGCCUGUUCUGAAGACGCAUUCACGAUGUCUUCAACCCUGGCACGCUUUUUAGCGUUUUUAACGCCAACAGAAGAACAGCUGCCAAGAGCUCGCAGCUCAACACCGCUUAUCCACUGCGCCAUCGCUUUAGUCUUGACACCUUUGAACUCUUCUGCUUUGCUUUCUCCGGCAUAUUCGGUUAUGAUUGCCAUCAUAGUUUGUUUGGAUACUUUGCUGCAGAGAGUAUCCACGGAUCGAACGGUUCUAAAUUUGCCUUGCUUGUCGAGCAAUGGAAUACGGAGAUUUUCCUCUUCAAAAUACCGCAUCUCGAUUUGCUUGGAUGCCGUUCUCUUUUUGCGGGCUUGGGAAGGUGCUGCCGGGGUAUCGAGAGUUUCAUGUUCGGUGCCCAAUUCUUGGUUGUUCUUGCUCCGUUUUGUCUUUUUCUGCACUUGUGAUUGUAUCUGUGCCAACACAAGACUCUCUUCGUUAGACAUGAUGUGGGUUUGACGGUGGUUCGUGUUGCUGUCCAUUGUUCUCGUUUCGGAAUCGUUGGUAUUAUGGCUGGGAAACAAAAGUGGUAUAAUGGGCGCAAUAGUCUGGAAGGCAGAUGGUGGAGGGAGAAAGCAACAGGG